UGGGGAUGGCGAAGGGAAAGGGAGUUUGGGUGUCUUGGCCCGGGAGCUCUUUCCUGCAGAACGCGAAGCGCAGGGUGCCCACAACCGCCAGGACCCGCUGCACCAUGCAGGGUGCCCACGAAGCGGGAGCGGGAGACAGCAGUCUGCCUGAAAGCCCCCGGGCUCGAGCCUCCCCUCUCAUGAGGACCUGAGGCCUCCUGCUUGGACUCCGAGGACAGACCACCGAAGCCGGCCAGGGUCCGUUCCCCGCUCUCCCCCAGGCGAUCCACCCUUCCCCCCGCAAGCUCCCACCGAGUAACCUCUGUCUCCGUGUCAGCCGUCCGGCCCCGGCCCCGGGCCUGACCCCAUGUGAGAGAUGGCCAACGCUGAAGUGAGCGUCCCCGUGGGCGACGUGGUCGUUGUGCCCACUGCCGGGAACGAGGGCGAAAACCCUGAGGACACCAAGACCCAAGUCAUCCUGCAGCUGCAGCCCGUGUCCCAAGGGAUUUACGGCGAAGGCACGGAGCCCGGGACAGCGGUCGUGGCCGUAGAGACCCACACGAUCCACAAAAUCGAGGGCGAGAUUGACGCCAGCUCCAUCGAGACCCACGAGGAGCUGGAGAUCGCUUACCCCAUCACCUGUGGAGAGAGCAAGGCCAUCCUCCUGUGGAAGAAGUUUGUAUGUCCCGGGAUCAACGUCAAGUGUGUCAAGUUCAAUGACCAACUGAUCAGCCCCAAGCACUUUGUCCACUUGGCGGGCAAAUCCACGCUAAAGGACUGGAAGAGAGCGAUCCGCCUAGGGGGGAUCAUGCUGAGGAAGAUGAUGGAUUCCGGUCAGAUUGACUUUUACCAGCAUGACAAGGUUUGCACCAACACCUGCCGAAGCACCAAGUUUGACCUUCUGAUCAGCAGUGCCAGAGCUCCGGUGCCCGGGCAGCAGGCCAGCGUGGGGCCAGGGCCCCCCACGGCCGAUGGGAGCAUCACCCAGAUCGCCAUCUCCGAGGAGAGCAUGGAGGAGGCGGGGCUAGAGUGGAACUCGGCCCUCACAGCCGCCGUCACCAUGGCCACCGAGGACGGCGGCAAACGAGACCCCGAGGAGAUUUCAGAGGACACCCUAAUGUUCUGGAAGGGUAUAGCGGAUGUGGGGCUGAUGGAGGAAGUCGUCUGCAACAUCCAAAAGGAGAUCGAGGAGCUGCUGCGGGGGGUCCAGCAGAGGCUCAUCCAGUCUCCCUUCCAGGUUACAGACGCCGCCAUGCUCAACAAUGUGGCCCACACCUUCGGCCUGAUGGACUCCAUCAAGAAAGUGGUGGAUGAGCGGAAAAGCCAGAUGGAGCAAGGAGAAGAGCAGUUGCUGUACACCCUCACUGAGCUGGAGAACCAGCUGGAGGAGCAGAAGAAGCAGGUCCAAGAGCAGAGGCUGAAGCCGCAGGCGGUCCAGAACGUGGUGCUCAUGCCCGUCAGCACGCCCAAAGCCCCCAAGAGACCCCGCCUCCAGCGCCCGGCCUCCACCACGGUGCUCAGCGCGUCACCGCCCGUCCAGCAGCCGCAGUUCACGGUCAUCUCGCCCAUCGCCAUCGCCCCCGUGGCGCAGUCCUUCUCCGUGGGCAACAUGCCCGUGGCCACGCUGAGCCAGGGCUCCAGCCCCGUGACUGUCCACACCCUGCCCUCCGGCUCCCAGCUCUUCCGCUACGCCACCAUGGUCUCGGCCACCAAGGCCGGCUCGUCCGACGCGCUGACCAUCCACCCCUCGUCCAGCCUGGCGCUGCUCAGCUCGGCCGCCAUGCAGGACGGCGGGGCGCUGGGCAGCGUGGCCGCGGUGGUGAACCCCGUGGAGCUGGUGGCCAUGGAGUCGGGCCUGACCUCGGCCAUCCAGGCGGUGGAGGGCACCAUGGAGGACGGGCAGACCAUCAUCGAGAUCGACCCGGCGCCCGACCCGGAGGCCGAGGGGACACAGGGCAAGGCCCUCAUCCUGGAGACCGAGCUGAGGACUGAGGAGAAGGUGGUGGCCGAGGUGGACGAGCACCAGCACCAGGUCCACAACGUGGAGAUUGUGGUCUUGGAGGACUAGCCGCCAGCGGGGGGGCCGGGCUGCGGUGCCCCUCCGGUCGGUCGUCUGCCCGGGUGCUACUGUCCCGGGCCCACGAGGAGCCUCUUCUUUUGUUCUUUUUAUUAAAACAAAUUGGAAUGGAGUCUGGAGUGGGACUGGACCUGCAGGACCCCCGUGCUGGGCAGGUGGAUCCUGCCCCCUUUGCAGGGGAUGACAGACAGAUGGUCCCGCCCCCCCGGGGCCCCUGCCCAGGACUCCCUGCAACGGAGCAUCUUUGUCGGGGUCCCCCGAGGAGAGCAGUCCCGCCCGCAUCCUUCGGCGCUGCGGGAUAUUGGAAUUUCCUUUCCUCUUCCAAGGCGGAGACGGGCCGCCCCGACGACGGGAGCUUCGUCCGGCCCUGCCCGCCCGCCUCCCCGAGCCGCCUGCCCAUCGCUUCCUGGCCGGGUCGGGGAGCGACGCACCCGGCGGCUCACUCCCCGUGGACGCUUGGGGCCCGGCCCCUGCCACGGGCCCCUCCUGAGGGCAGACUGGCUCCCGGCCUGGGUCCGUCCCUCCUCCCCGCUGCCCCGGGGUCGGGAUUGACAGGCGCGUGCCGGCCCCGGGCUCGGGCCACAAAGGACUGGACUUUAAUGCCCUUGUUGCAUUGUUGGAGGGCGUGGGGGAGGGCGAGGGUGGGGAGGGGGCAGCUUGACCGGCGUGAUACAAGUUUUAAAAAGCACACACUCUGGACCGGGCGGGCGGACUUCUUUUUUAAUUAAAGAGGGAACUUGUCCUGCA